AUGCUCUUUCGCGCAUUUCACCGUAGACUUCACCGAACGCUACGACUUCUGGGUACAGACGCAAAGGUUCCACCCGUCGGCACGGAAAAGGUUAAGGAACUAUUGGAGAAUGCAGCAUCCUUUGAAGACAUCAAAUCUUCGAACGACGAUUGGGCCACACUUCCUUACGUUGCUGGAACGUAUAUUUCUCGUGAUCAAUCCAAAAAAGCCAUGCGGCCGAAACUCGAUCCACGUGAAACCAACAUUAUUCUAUUCCCCGGCCAGGGGGCACAGUACGUGGGUAUGGGCUCGAAGCUACUCAAAUUUCCUGGCGCCCGCGAUAUUUUUGCUCUUGCAAACGAGGUGCUUGGAUACGAUCUGUUGAAAAUAUGUAUAGAAGGACCUAAGAGCAAACUUGAUCAAACGAAGUACUGCCAACCUGCCGUGAUGGUCACCUCACUGGCCGCCCUUGAACAGUUGCGUGAAGAGCGGCCGAACGCUAUCGACAACUGCUUUGCAACGGCUGGUUUCAGCUUGGGCGAACUGACGGCACUCGUUUUCUCUGGUGCCAUACCCUUUGACAAGGGUUUACGGUUGGUGCAGAUCCGAGCGGAAGCGAUGCAAAUUGCGAGUCAAGAAAACAAGAGCGGAAUGGCCACGGUACUCUUCGGAGCCGAUGGACGAAUAGGAGAGGCGUGCAAAGAGGCUCAGAAUUGGUGCAUCGAGAAAGGCAUAGAAAACCCGGACUGCCGAGUGGCGAACUAUCUCUAUCCCGGCUGCAAGGUACUGGCCGGCAACGAGGAAGCACUACGGUUUCUCGAGGCGAAUCAGAAGCGUUUCAACAUUCGCCGCCUGAAGCGACUACCGGUGAGUGGCGCGUUCCACACGGAUUUGAUGCAUUCGGCGGUGGAACCGUUUGCAAUCGCGCUGAAAAAGAUUCGCAUUGAGGAUCCCAUCAUUAACGUACAUUCAAACGUGGACGGAAAAUGCUACAAAAAUGCAGGACACAUCCUGGGGCAGCUGCCGAAACAAAUCGUACGACCAGUAAAAUGGGAGCAAACGUUGCACAUUAUGUACGAACGAAGGCAGGGCGAACACUUUCCUCGGACGUUUGAGUGUGGCCCCGGGCGAGGAUUGAAAGCAAUUCUAAAGCAGGUUAACGCAAAAGCCUGGGAUACGGCACUGAACGUAGAAGCGUAA